AUGAAGCCGCAUCCUUAUCAGCUCGAGAUUUUCGCGCGGGCGAAGCGGGAGCGGCUGAUCGCGUUCCUGCCGACCGGCUCGGGGAAGACCCUGAUCAGCAUCAUGCUCAUGGAGCACGCCAAGCUAGAGGGGUGGCUGCAGGGGACGAAUGUCGCACCGCACCGCGUCGUGGUCUUCGUUGCGGGCGAGAAGAAGAUCCUCGCGGAGCAGCAGGCGCGGGUGAUCCGACAAAGCACGAGCAUGGCGGUUGGGACGUUCACUGGGGACACGAGGUCGUCUCAGAACGUACAGAUCGACUCCUGGUCCCGGGACGACUGGAACGAGGCGGUGGAGAAGCUCGACGUCCUCGUCGUCGUCCCGGAGGUGCUCAGGCGCGCUCUGGCGGAGCAGCGGCUUGGCGAGCAUCAGAUCGCGCUACUGGUCGUUGACGAGGCGCACCACGCGCAGGGCAACCACCCGAUGGCGCGAAUAUUCCGCGUCGCGAAGGAGAUCCGCGCGGCUAGGGUCGCGGAGGCGCGCGCGAGCGGCGACGUCGCUGAGAUGCAGCGCGCUCUAUGCGUCCCGCACGCGUUCUGCAUGACGGCGAGCCCGAUCAAGAGCCGCGUGAAGACGGUCGACGGGAUCCGGAAAGCCGUCAGAGACCUCGAGGACCUCGUCGACUGCCGCCUCAUCGUCCCUCAGUCCGCGCACCUGGACCUCCAGGACCGCGUCAUCACGGCCCGGCAAGAGUGGGUGUCCUACAAGCCUGAGUCAAGGGUCGUCGGCCCCGAGCUGUUCAUGGACCAGAGGACGCAGGCUGUCCUGGGGGGCGUCGUGGACACCGUGGUCAACAUGGACGGCGGCAUCACGGUGUUCCUUCCCACGCAGGCGGCGCCGCUCAUCGCCGCCGCGCACAUGCGCUUUCGCCACGCAACCCUCCUCCGGAAAGCAGCCGUGUGCCUCCGCACGGCCCGGGGGCAGCCGGACGUCCGCGAGGCCCUCGACCACCUCCCUCUCAGCCUCGCCGACCCGCGCAACACCACGCGCGGGUGGUGCCAGCGCCUCGAGCGCGGCACCCUGCAGUGUGUCGCCAUCCUUGAGUCCUCCGGCAUCCUGGCCGCGUUCCACGCGCUCUCGAUCGCGCUAUCCCGCGUGCAGACCCGCGACAGAGCCGACUGCGCGGUCGUGCCGGGCGGAUCCGGCCUAGUCGACGUGGAGGAGGCGAAGCGGCGCAUCGAUGAGGUGUCCCACGGUCCGUUUGGCGAUGCCAUGGACUUGCUGGCAGACGACGACCUCGCGGCCUCCGUCGGGCUGCUGGAGCUCUUCGCCGCUCUCGUGGCGCAGCUGAGCGACGCCGACCGCGCCGCGGUCGAGCCCGGCGCGCUGAAAGCCACGCAAAAGCUCAACGACAACCUUCGGGCGUUGAUUGCCAAGAUCCUCGGCCUGCGCACGACGCCGCGGCCCGAGGACGGCAUCGUCGAGUGCGGGGCGUCGAUCACGACCGCAGAGGUCGCGCGCGCCGUCGCCGGCCCGAAGCGCGCGGCCGCAGACGCCGAUGGGGAGUCUGCACGUGGAACACGCGCACGGUUCCCUCACGUUGCGCGGGCGGUGCACGACAUGGCCAGAGCCGUCUGCGCGUACCUCACCCCGACCCUCCGAAGCGGCCUGCGCGCCGGGGAACGACCAUGGGCCGAGACGAACGAUCGAGAUUUCCCGAUGGUUUCCGACAAACUGUUCACUGUCUUAGAGCUCGUCCAGCGACACGUCUCGAGCGUCAACGCCACCGAGUCCAGCGCCGGCAUCGUCUUCGUCCAGCUUCGCCUCCUCACGCGCGCCCUCUGCGACAUCUUCAAGGCAGUCUUCGGCGACGACCCAUCUGCAGACGUCAGCAUCUUUGCCAUCGUCGGGGGGUCUAUUGACUCCUACAGCAUGUCCGUGCAGGCGCAGCACCGCGCCCUGCGCAGCUUCCGCGACGCCUCGACGCGCCCCGGCUCCGCCAGCCUCCUCCUGGCCACUGACGUGGCAGAGGAGGGCCUCGACGUACCGCAGUGUUCGCUCGCGAUUUGUUUCGACUUGCCGUCGCAGCCGAAGAGCCUGAUCCAGCGCCGCGGCCGCUGCCGGCGCCGCGGCGCCGUGAUGUACAUCCUCGCGGCCGAGGGCUCCGCGGUGCGGGACCGCCUCGAGGCGUUCGAGAUGCAACACGCGAGCUUGACGGCGGAGGUCACAGCAUGGAUGGACAAGCUCGCGCCGGAGCACUGCCUCAUCGAGACGGCGGAGGAUCCAGCGGAGAGCCCCACGGCGUCGGGCCGGGCCGAGGGCGAGGCCUGCGCGAGCGGGACGGACGUGCUGCGCAUUCCGUCGACGGGGGCGAUGAUCGACGCGGUGUCGGCGCUGGAGCUGCUGAACGAGUACGCGACGGCUGUCGCGUCGGAGGGCUGCGCGAGCGUGCCGCUGUUUGCGCCGGACGCCUUGGGCGCCGCAGAGGGCGAGGUCCCUCAGGAAUGGCGGUGGUCGAUACUCCUGCCAUCGUCCUGCCCCGCUCCGGUGCGUUUCGUGCUCGGCCCGCCGCGCCCAUCGAAGCGCGCAGGCAAGGCCGCCGCCGCGCUCGAGGCCGUGCGGAAGCUCCACGCCGUCCGGGAGCUCGACGACCAUCUUCGUCCUAUCGUGGUUGUGCACCGACGAGAGGAGGCGCGGCGGAUGAGGCAGCACAACCUGCAGACGGACAUUGCCGACGAGGCUGUGCCGAGCGUGCUCAGCCUCCCGGAGCCCCUCCGCGUGCGCCUCGAGGCCGGGGACUUGUCGGCCGCCGACAGCGUGCAUGUCUACCGGCUGGAGCCCGAUCAGCCGCUCGAGACUUCCGUGGCGGGCGACGCAGGCGCUGCGGAGUUCCGUCUGCGGCUCACGCUCGACGGGCUCCUGCGGACGGCCUUCGUCUUCCCAACCAAGCUUGACGAGAGAGGGAGUAUUGAUAUUGAGAUGCGCCUGACGGUACACCGACACAAGACGUCGCUGCGCCGCUUCCGCCUCGUCCGCUGCGGGACGUUCGCGGAGGUGUGCGAGCGAACGAACGCCGUGUCGGAGCACGUUUGGCAGCAGUGCCUCGCCUUCCACUCUGUUGUGUUCGCUUCCGACCUCAGUGGCGCCGCCGCGGGGACUCCGCCCGCGCAAGUCCUCGCGAACCUCGCGGACGGCCGCGCGCCGUGGGUCGUGACCGCCGCCAUCACGCGGGCCGCCGACUCGGACUCCCCUGGGGGUGUUUUGUUCGACGUGGAGGAGAUGCGGGCGGCGGUGACGAACCUGUCCGCGAUCCUAGGGGACGGCGGGGGCGCGGACGGCGCCGCGGCCGCGACCGGCGACGACGGCGGGGGGCGUUCGGGCUGCGACGACAACUCUGGUCUGUCGCGCUGCGUUGUUGCGCACUACCACGAAGACGGCGACGAGAGUGGGGGGCAGAUCUUGUACGUCGUGCAGGGCGAUACGACCGUGCGGCUCCUCGACAAGCUGUCGGACGUCCAGGCCACGAGCGCGGCGCCGACGACAGGGCAAGAAUCAGCGGCCCGCAACCAACGCACGUUCCUCGAGCAUUUCCAGCUGAAAGAGACCCUCGGCGACGACAAGAAGGAGCUGCUUGUGCGCCUUUCUAUCAACGACCAGCACACGCUCCUCGCGGGCCACCCGAUCGGCCGCCGCGGCCGCCUCCACCACGUGAACGCUCUGGUGCUGCAGGAGCGCGCACGGCCGUCGGUGCGCGAGGCGCGCCGCCGCACCUCGGUCAAGCUGGUCCCUGAGCUUGUGUACAAGGUCUCGGACGACGUGCUGUGGUACGAGGUGUGGCGCGUCUUGCCCUCGGCGCUGUGGCAGGUUCGCGCGGCAACGCUGGCCGACGACGCCCGCGACGCGAUCGUGGCGGUGAUGCGCGACCGCGGACACGGCGCGGGAAUCGACGCCGGGGUCGCAGAGGGCUUCGCGGAAUCGCUCAGGGGGGACUCUCAGUUCAAUCUUGACCGCGCCGGGGCCCUGCAAGCCAUCACGCAUCGCGCGAGCAAGGAGCCGGACUUCGAAAGGCUGGAGUUUGUCGGGGACGUAUACUUGAAGUUCAGGUGCUGCGUCGACGUGUAUUGGAAGAACCCGUUCGCGCACGAGGCCACGCUGUCGGUCACCGUGCACCAGGUGACGUGCAACGACCAGCUGUUUGACCGGAUGGUAGAGCACGGACUGGACAAGUUCCUCCGCUACGAGGCCCUCGGAGACAACGCGGCGUGGAAGCCGACGCGCUCCGAUGAGAACGAGGCCGAGGGCCGCUCUUCCACCCGCACGCUGAAGGGCAAGGUCGUCGCCGACGUGUGCGAGGCUUUCGUGGGAGCAUGCUACUUUGCAGGGGGGAUGGCCGCUGCCGACACCCUCCUGCUCGCCCUGGGGAUCGUCGCCGACGCCCCGGAGGCCGCGCAGGCUCCCGUCGAGCCCAAGACCCUCGGGAAACCUUCAACAACGGCCCUCGAGGAUGAGUACUUCUGUCAGUACGUCCCAGAGGGAUACUCCCCCCUCCUGCGCCGCAUCGCGGGCCUGCCCGAGCCGUCGGUGCUCCCGCGCGACGUCGGCCACGGGGACGCCGAUCCGGAGCCGACGAAUCAGUUGGCGAACCUUGGGCGGGCUGCAGCGGCGCACCUGGGCCCGGUGUUGGGCUACGAAUUCCGGGACGUCGCCCUGCUGGGACAGGCCCUCACGCACGCAUCGAUGCCCCUUCAGAACAACCAGCGCCUGGAGUUCAUCGGCGACGCCAUUCUCGACUGGGCCGUUUCCAUCGCGCUCGUCCGCGAGUUCCCCGAGGCGCCCCCCGGCGUCCUCACGCAGGCCCGGUCGCUCCUCGUCCGCAACUCCAACGUCGGCCUCCUCGCCAUCAAGCUAGGCCUGCACCGGUUCCUGCGCCACUGCAUGCCUGGCCUCGCGGACGACGUCGCCGCGCUCCAGGACUACAUGGCGCAGGCGGAGCGCGGCGCCAGGAGCCCGCGAGGCGUCGCGCUCUGCUGCAGCGGGGCGGCUGCCGUCCGGACGGUGCGUGAGACGCAGGCUAGCGAGGCGGAGGCGCGGCGCAACGAGCGCGCCGGGAACGGCGCGCAGGACGCGGCGCAGGUCGAGCAGGACGGAGAUGUUGCCAUGGAGGAGGCGCAGGGUCACUUGAGGCCGGCGGGGUCCGCCGGAUCCGGGGGCGACGCGGGUGCGAAAGUAGAAGCGCGAGAGGGGGGGGAGUUUGAGGGCGACGGGGAUCGGCGGGGGGAGUCAGCGAUGGACGCCGACGAGGACGGCGGGGAGGAGGCUGCGGAAGAGGGCCGGGAGGGGGGAGUUCGGAUUCCGAAGGCUCUGUCGGACGCGUUUGAGGCGGUGAUAGGGUGCUUGUACCUGGAUAGCGGAGGGGGGGUGUGCGGGGAGGCGGCGGCCCGGGCCGCGGUGGAGAGGGUGCUGCUUCGCGGGUCGCAGGACGCGCCGCUCACGGUCUGA